AUGAUGCCUAUUUCAGUUCCUACUUCAGUUCCUACAACAGGGCCUACAGAGCCUACAACAGGGCCUGCAAAUCCUACAACAGUAUCUACAGUGCCAACAACAGUCCCUACGGAGCCUACAACAGUACGUAUGGAGCAUACAACAGUACCUAUGGAGCCUACACCUGUCUCUACAGUGCCUAUAAAACAACCUACAUUAAUCCAAUAUAUCCGAAGUCCUAGAGCUGAAACAUAUUUUACUCAAGAUGGAACUAGGGAAUGGAUUCCUUAUUGUGCUGAAGAUAAGAAACCACGUGAAGGAAUGGUAUUCAAAACUUUAGAGAAGGCUAUCGAAUUUUAUAAGAACUAUGCUCUAAUAUGUGGUUUUGACGUUCGUUCAUCUACGGUAUACAAGAAUAGCAAAGGUAUCAUUUGUCAAAAGUAUUAUGUUUGCAGUAGAGAAGGUAUCUUAGAAUCCGAAGGUAAUUAUGAUGAAAAAGGGAAGCGACGCCGUAGAAGAAACUCAAAGCGAGUUGGUUGCAAGGCUAGAAUCAUUUGGAAUGUUAAUAAUGAAGAUGGAGAAUACAAAGUUACCAAAUUUUUUGAGCCUCAUAACCAUUGCCUAGCCUCCCCUACAUCCAUGCCAUAUUUGAGAAGUUCAAGGAAAAUGACGGUUGUUCACAAGAAUUUUGUGAAUAAUAAUACAAGAAUGAACAUUGGACCAACGAAAUCUUUUCGGCUAUUUAAGGAAAAUGUAGGUAGUUACGACAAUGUUGGGGCCACAAUGAAAGACUUUAUGAAAUUUCAUAGAGAUUUGAAGGAGCACAUCAAGGGUGAUGAUGCUAAGAUGUUAAUUGAGAAUUUUAUACGAAAAAGAGAUGUUUUCAAUGGGUUUUACUCUGAUUAUACCCUAGAUGAAGAAAAUCAUGAUUUACAUUUGUUUUGGGCGGAUGCAACUAGACAUAAGAAUUAUUCAUUGUUUGGAGAGAUGAUAUCUUUUGAUUGCACCUAUGAAUCAAACACAUAUUCAAUGGUUUUAGCUCCUUUCACAGGAGUAGACCAUCACAGGUCUUGCAUCACAUUUGGGGUUGGCUUACUUUCCAAAGAAGAUGCUCAAUCAUUUGAAUGGAUGUUUAGGACUUUUCUUAAUGCUAAGGGAAAUUGUGAGCCUAGAUAUUUGAUAAAAGAUCAAGACCCGGCAAUGAAAGUUCCCAUAAAUGAGGUGUUUGUUACCACUCGCCACCGACUUUGUUUGUGGCAUAUAAUGAAAAAAGUUCCUGAAAAAGUAGGCCCCGAGCUCAAACAAGAUGCAGAUUUUCUUAUGUUGUUGAAUGCUUGUGUAUGGGACAUGGAACAAGAAUCAGAAGAAUUUGAAGCUACUUGGAACUCUCUUAUGGUUCAAUAUAACCUUGUGAGGAUGGUUGGUUCCAACAUAUGUUUUCAAUAA